UCUCUCAUAUAAUCUUCAAACUAUUGCUGCCCCAAUGCAUAGCUCACUGAAAACAACGGCUCCAGCAACGUUGGAACGGCUAUGUAUUCUCUUAUUCUUUCUUUUUUGUGCAACAGUUCUUGGAACAGAAUCAUUGGAGCCAUUGCAUGAGGAUAAACUGAUACUGAGAGGGUUGAAAUUUUACGGUUUCCAUGGAGUGCUUCCAGAAGAGAAGAAAUUGGGGGGUCUGUUUACCGUUGACAUUGAUUUGUGGUUGAGUCUGAAAAAGGCCAUUGAGUCAGACAACUUAGCAGAUACAGUCAGCUUUGCCGAUACUUUCAGCCUAGUGAAGAAAAUUGUUGAAGGGCCACCAAAAAACCUUUACGAGACGGUUGCGGAUCACAUAGCGUCUAAAAUGCUUGAAACGUUUCCUAAGAUAAACGUUAUUCGAGUCAAGUUCGGAAAGCCAAAUCCCUCACUAGUUAAUAGCACCGUUGAUUUCUUAGGUGCCGAGCUUUUCAGGAAGCGAAAGCACUAAAACAAGAAACUGAAUAACUCAAAAGCUUUACAUCAUGUCAUCCUUCAUGCUCUUUCAUAAUCAUUGUCGUUGUGUUAUCGAUAAAUGUUUACCUUUUCAAUCAUGGCUAUUUUAAAAUUUAAAAAAUAAAAUAAAACAUAAGUGUGAAAGUUUGUAUUUGGAUUUAUCUUUUUGCAUAUUUUGAAGCAGAUUUGUAUGGGCAAUAUUAUUAUGAUAUAUACAUUGUUUUCUAUUACGUUGGUAACAAAAUAAUUGAGGAAAGAAGACCAUUUAAUCUAUAUAUAAUAAUAGCAAACCCAAAUUUUUACUCUCAUUUAGUUUUCUCCUAAAGGUAGCUAUCUAACGAGUUAA